CAGAGCCACGUUAUUUGGCCGGCAAACGGACAUCAUCCUCAAGGUUUUGCAUCCGUACCUCAACAAUCUACCGCAGGGCCGUCGAAACAGCUAGUUACAGAGACAGGUCCAUCCACUUUGUCUCAGGAUGAUGCUUCACCUCCGGGUCCUAAACCAGAAGAGAAGAAGGAGAAGGAACGACCAAAACGACCAGAUGCUGAGCAAAAAAUCAUUGAGGAGACUACAUCAGGGUUCGCGCUACGGAUCUUGACUGAUCAGAACAUGGCGCUGUAUCCCGAUAUUGACUCUCCGUUUGAAGACGCAUUUGAUGUAGUAGAGCGGCUGUUGCCAUAUCAUGUCUUUCAGCAGCCAGAGGACGAUCUGCAGGUAUUAAUUGGCAAAGGAAAGGGAAAAGAGAGGGCAACUAGCUCGGACACGACAGAAAUCGCUGAGACAAAGUUUGCACUCGGUUGCCACCGCCGACUUCGGAAGUUGCAGGAGCGUUUUGAACAUGCCAAAGUCACGUCGGGCAAUUAUACAUCAUCUGGGGACCAGGCAUACUUUCUGGCUCAAGCGGUCCUGGAGACGGAACGAGCAGACAACGCUGCGCUCAGCUCCGAGCUCCGAAAUGCGCGCACCGAAUUGGAUAUGAAGCAGCGUGAAAAACGGCUCGCGCAACAACAAACGUUUCGUCCGUCCUUCUAUCCUCAACCGUCUCAGGCACAGUACUAUCGCUCGUACCCCUAUGCCUAUACACAACCGUACGCAGCAGCUGCGCCACUUUACACAACCAUGUCGGCCGUUCCACCCACACCCACUGCGUCAUCACCCACUUCUGCGACCACGUCUACUCUUGGGACACCUUUGCAUACGGCGCCUCCGACCCCGGUGAGCUACGCGCAAACGCAUGUGACCCGCACGGCUAUUCCUGUGCAACUCCCGGCGAAUUCACUCAGCGCCCUACACGCACUUGGCAUCGUCCCCGUGCCUGCAGCGAACUUACCUCCGCCCGAUCAGCCACAGCCACCAGCAGUACUCAAGGAGACAACUCAGAAUGGCACAAUGCUUAGUCUGGAGAUCAACAUCUCUUUGUUGCAGAGCGCGCAGAUGAGCGGUCUGGCGAUUCUCCUCAAUUCGAUCAUGUCGAGAUCCAGCCAAGCGCAGACAGCUCCUGCGAAUACAGCAGGGGCGGCGGUGACACCGACGCCUGUCCGGUCAUCGCAACCAUCCACACCUAUCUCGGCAUCACCCCCGGGUCCGUCAACCGGAGUAGGCAACUAUUAUCAAAAUGGCUUUGGGGGCCAAUCGCACCCGCAGGGAACUAACUAGCAUAUGGUCCUUUCUGUACUUGAAAGUAGAGAAUUGAUUGUGGUCAAUAUGGUCGUCAAAUUUGUGGGGGUAUGUACAAUGGCUAUACAGGUUUGGUAAACAUCAGGGUCGUGCGUCAUAUUUUCGUGUGCGAAUAUUAGUCUGUGGUUCGGUCAGACUCGAAGAGUCUGACCGCGGCGGAAGUGCCCGACUUACGCGAAGGCGAUACCAAGAGUGACAAGGAAAGUAAUCCACCAGGCGCGAUACAAUGUGCCUCGUCCUUCCU